AUGGAGCCGCUCACAAGCCCCAACGCGGAGAAGUUCUCAAAGGCUUUGGGGCUGGUUUUCCAAGGAUCGAAUAGAAAUGGGAAGAUUUGGGUGUUUGUUGAGGAAGGGGCCAGCUUCCUGGUCGAGAGAGACACGGAUCCGGCCCUAUCCGGCCGCUUUGGAUCCCCCCGCCUAGCUAGUCACUUGUGUGUCUCGGUGGUGUAUGCAAAAUGUACAAGAACCGAACGGAUUCAUUUAUGGGAUGAAUUGAGGGAGUGCUCCAUACUUUGGGAGGGCUCACCAUGGUUGAUCGGAGGGGACUUCAACACCAUUCUCCAUCCACGAGACAGAGUAGGGAGUGAAACAAACCGCCAAGCUGAAAUGGUGGACUUUGCGGAGGCUAUUAAGGAUUGCAGGAUACUAGACCCGGGCUAUGAUGGGUCGGAGUUCACAUGGGCCAAGAAUGGUCUCUUCGAAAGAUUGGAUAGAAUUCUUGUGAAUGAACGUUGGGCACAAAUUUUGGAAACUACCCGGGUGAUGAACCUGCCCCGGAUUGCCUCGGACCAUGGGCCUGUGUUGGUAAGAUGCAAAGGGACAGAUCAUAACAGCGGGGGUAGGCCGUUCAGGUUCCAAAACAUGUGGGUUAGACACGAGGGAUUCAUGGAUCUCGUUCGGGGAGAUUGGAUGCAACCGACGGAAUCCGGAGGCCUACUCAAUUUCCAAAUCAAACUUGCACGGCUUAAGAGAACCCUAAAGGUAUGGAACAAGGAGACCUUUGGGAACAUCCAUCUAAACCUCAGGGAUAUGGAAGUGAAAAUCGCAACGGCCCAAAGCAAUUUCGAGGAAAGGCCAACCCCGGAGAACAGGACAGAGAUCAAUAGAUGCAUCGCCGAGUACAUUCGACUGCUCAAAAUGGAGGAGGACUUCUGGCGCCAAAAGGCUACUCUAAGAUGGCUAGGGGAGGGCGACAAGAACACGAAAUUCUACCAAAGUUGGGUGAAACAAAAGAGGAUCCGCACGCGCAUCCACAAGAUCAAUGUGGGUGGCCGGGAGAUCUCGGACGAAAUGGAGAUUAGAAGUUCGGCAGUGGAGUUCUUCCAAGAUCUACUGGCCCCGGGGCCUAUCAUUUUGUCCGAGCCAGACCUUGAUUUGAUUCAUCAACUCCCACCCUUGGCUGAAGUGGCGGCACUACCCGAGACACCAUCCACUGAGGAAGUCAAAAAUGCUGUUUUUGAUAUCGACGGGGACAGUGCCCCAGGGCCGGAUGGUUUCACGGCCUUGUUCUACCAGGCUUGUUGGGCUACGGUUGGGCCGGACGUGGUGGCGGCUAUCGGCCAAGUUUUCGGGGGCGCCUACCUCCCACGUAGCGUCACGGCCACAAGCAUUGUUCUCAUUCCAAAAAAGCCUGUGCCGGAAUCGUGGAGCGACUACCGCCCUAUUAGCUUGUGCAACGUCGUCAACAAGAUUAUCACAAAGAUUAUGUCGAAGAGAAUGACUGGGCUCCUCCCUAUGAUUAUCUCGCCAAACCAGAGUGGAUUUGUGAAGGGACGACUCCUUAACGAUAAUGUCCUUUUGGCACAGGAGAUGUUCCACGAGCUCUCGAGAUGUGGGCCGGCUCCUAAUGUCGCGGUUAAAAUCGAUAUGGCCAAGGCCUAUGACCGGGUCCAAUGGACAUUCCUCCUGAAAGUGUUACACCGGAUGGGUUUCCCGGCCCCGUGGGUCUCCCUGAUUGAGAGAUGUGUGGGAUCCUGCUGGUUCUCGGUGCUGGUCAAUGGUGCCCCCUCCGGUUUCUUUAAGUCCACCCGAGGCCUCAGACAGGGAGAUCCAAUUUCUCCGACCCUUUUUGUGAUUGCAGCUGACUACCUCUCAAGGGAACUAGACAGGCUCAUUUUGAGAAAGAAAGAGAUGAUUUUCAGAGCCUCUCGCCACUGCAUGGAAAUAAGCCACCUUGCCUACGCCGACGACAUUGUGAUUUUCACACAAGCAGCGGAGGGCCCUCUUAGGCAUUUGCGGACUUGCCUGGAGAAUUAUGCCAGGGUCUCCGGGCAGCAGAUCAACUUGGCAAAAAGCAACUUUUACAUUGCCGAACAACAUGAAGGAUGCGCCAUCACUAUUCAAAAUGAAGGAGGCUUCACACGAGGUACUUUCCCGUUCCUUUACCUUGGGGUUCCUAUUUACCGUAGUGUCAAACGUACAGAUAUGUUUAUGUUUCUUCGGGAAAAGAUUGCUGCCCGAAUCUCGGGGUGGGCCCACCGACAUCUCUCCUUCGGAGAGAGAAAAAAGACGCAUUGGAUUGGGUGGGAUCAGAUCCGCCUCCCCACCUCUGAAGGGGGUCUCGGCAUCCGUAAGACCAAAGAAGUCCUCCGGGCCUUCAGUAUCAAACUUUGGUGGAGGUUCCGGGAGCAAAAUUCCCUUUGGGCUAGGUACAUGAAGGCCAAGUAUUGCCACAAAAACUCUCCCCUUGCGGCCUCUCCUUCGGGGAGAAACAGCCCGACAUGGAAGCGGCUAAUGAAAGUGAGAAAUCAAGCAAACCCGAAUAUUAGAUGGGUGAUCGGCCAGGGCGAUGCCUACUUUUGGGAUGACAUUUGGCUUGGGGAUUACCCCCUUCGCGAGCUCUGCCUUGACGAUAGAGGCACCCCUUCGACCAAGGUUUCGGAAUACAUUGGGGGUGAAACAUGGGAUGAGAUUAAGCUACGGCAACUUCACAACCAGGCUGGAAUGCCUCAAGAGAUUAUCACACAAAUCCUUGAUACCCCAAUAGUUGCGGGAGAACCGGAUGUCCCCCGAUGGAAACUUUUUCGGCUCGGGGAGUUCUCGCUCGCGACGACUUGGGAGACAAUACGCUCACAAAGACCAAGCAUUCAAGGCCUCGAUGACAUUUGGAAGGCUGGACUUACAAAAUCUAUUGCGAUCUUCAAUUGGCGACUUUUGUCAAACAGGAUACCGGUUGAUUCCAAGCUCCAGUGGAGGAAAAUUGAGCUUGCGUCGAAAUGCCAAUGCUGCCCAUGGAGGCCUAAUAUCGAGUCCCUCCAACAUCUCUUCAUUCGGGGGUGGGGAGCAACAUGUGUUUGGAAGGAGUUCAACGGCUGGUUCGAAGGCUCGGCCCCACCCCUUACGGUGAACGACACCAUCCCGGACAGGUUGCAAGUAUGGUCCGCUAGGACCCAACAACAGGAUAGAAGACAUCUUAGCCGAGUCAUUCCUUACCUCAUUUUGUGGUUCCUUUGGGCGGAGAGAAAUAGGAGUCGACAUGAGCAAAUUCAGUUCAAACCGUACAAUGUUGUUUGGCAGGUUCACAUGUUCAUCUACAACAACAUGGCCAACGGACACAUCAAGCCAAAACAUUGGAAGGGAGUAAAAAUCGGAAUGAGCCUUCCGAACCACCCCGAGACAAGGGGGCCGAGACCGUUAGUUAUGCCGGUUAAGUGGCAUCCCCCGGAACGCACAUGGAUCAAGCUUAACACGGAUGGGGCGUUCUCUGAGGCAACAAACAUGGGCGGCGGAGGGGGUCUGGUUCGGGACCACAAUGGGAAGCUGCUUGUAGCUUUUGCAACCCCACUCGCCGCUCACUCGGCUCUUGAGGCCGAGCUUAUGGCCAUUCACCAUGGGUUGGAGGUAGCAAAGGGGUUCAACCUACCCAUUUGGGUUGAAGCAGAUGCGGAACAAGCCAUUAAGUUGCUCAAUGGUUCGGCUUGGGGCCCGGCACAAGUUCGCCGCGUAAUGGCCCGGCUACAUGGCUUUAAGCGUAGACAUACCGUCAGGGCCACUUUCAUCCCUAGGGAGGGCAACAAGGCGGCCGAUUUGCUCGCCAAAAUGGGAGCGGAACAAGAUCAUUUCCAACAAAUGUCCUCACAAAAUGUUCCAGCAACAAUUAGAGCCAUCAUCCGGAUGGACGAAAUGGGAGUCCCCAAUCUUCGGGUGAGAGAUGAUGAGCGAGAGUAG